CCGCCCCCGCGUGCUCGCCAAGGGAGGCGGUGCCCAAGGCGCAGACCGGCUGUUGUCGCCCGAGUCUCCCAGCCGCCGCGGUCUCCUUCGGUCAAGCGGAGGAUGCGGGCGCGGCACCCGGGGACCACGGGAGACUGAGUGGAGACGGGGUCUUCGCAGACUGAAGCCUAGACCGCGGGAGGCUGAGCCGCGGCCUGAAGUGAAACUCCAAGGCCGCCGGAGCGUGGUGCUGCGCGGAAACCAUUGGCUACACGAGCAAGUGAGCACUUAGAAGGUUUCCGCAGGCCUGGAGUCCAAGUGUCCCGGGUGUGCAGUGGGGGAUUAGGGACGGGGCACGAUGAGGAGCCGGAGUAACUCGGGGGUCCGCCUGGACGGCUAUGCUCGGCUGGUGCAUCAGACCAUCCUGUGCCAUCAGAAUCCAGUGACAGGCUUGCUUCCGGCCAGCUAUGAUGAGAAAGAUGCCUGGGUCCGAGAUAAUGUGUAUAGCAUCCUGGCUGUGUGGGGUUUAGGCCUGGCAUAUCGAAAGAAUGCAGACCGUGAUGAGGACAAGGCAAAGGCCUAUGAACUGGAGCAGAGUGUAGUGAAGUUAAUGAGGGGACUGCUGCACUGCAUGAUCAGACAGGUGGAUAAAGUAGAGUCUUUCAAGUACAGUCAGAGUACUAAAGAUAGCCUUCACGCCAAGUACAACACCAAAACUUGUGCCACGGUAGUGGGUGAUGACCAGUGGGGACACCUGCAGUUGGAUGCUACUUCUGUGUACCUGCUCUUCCUAGCACAAAUGACUGCCUCAGGACUCCAUAUCAUCCACAGCCUAGACGAAGUGAAUUUUAUACAGAACCUUGUGUUUUACAUUGAAGCCGCAUAUAAAACUGCUGACUUUGGGAUAUGGGAACGCGGAGAUAAGACAAACCAAGGCAUCUCAGAAUUGAAUGCAAGUUCAGUUGGAAUGGCCAAGGCAGCCCUGGAAGCACUAGAUGAAUUAGACUUGUUUGGUGUGAAAGGUGGGCCGCAAUCAGUUAUCCAUGUCCUGGCUGACGAAGUACAACACUGCCAGUCGAUCCUGAAUUCACUACUGCCCAGGGCUUCAACAUCGAAAGAAGUUGAUGCCAGUCUGCUGUCAGUGGUCUCUUUCCCAGCCUUUGCUGUAGAGGACAGUCAUUUGGUGGAGAUCACCAAACAGGAGAUCAUCACCAAACUUCAGGGUCGUUAUGGUUGCUGUCGUUUUCUGCGUGAUGGAUAUAAAACUCCUAAAGAGGAUCCUAAUCGCCUAUACUAUGAACCAGCUGAGCUGAAGCUAUUUGAAAACAUAGAGUGUGAAUGGCCACUGUUCUGGACAUACUUUAUCCUUGAUGGGAUCUUCAGUGGCAACACAGAACAGGUUCAAGAAUAUAGAGAGGCUCUUGAUGCAGUCCUCAUCAAGGGCAAAAAUGGAGUCCCACUACUUCCAGAGCUGUACAGUGUUCCUCCUGACAGGGUUGAUGAAGAAUAUCAAAAUCCUCACACCGUGGAUCGAGUCCCUAUGGGAAAAUUGCCUCACAUGUGGGGUCAGUCCCUAUAUAUUUUAGGAAACUUGAUGGCGGAGGGAUUUUUAGCUCCUGGAGAAAUUGAUCCCCUGAAUCGUAGGUUUUCCACUGUCCCAAAGCCAGACGUAGUGGUUCAAGUCUCCAUUCUGGCUGAAACAGAAGAAAUCAAGGCCAUUUUGAAGGACAAAGGAAUUGAUGUGGAGACCAUUGCUGAAGUGUACCCCAUAAGAGUACAGCCAGCUCGUAUUCUCAGCCACAUUUAUUCCAGUCUAGGAUGCAACAGUAGAAUGAAACUCAGUGGACGACCCUACAGGCUCAUGGGUGUACUUGGAACGUCAAAACUUUAUGACAUUCGCAAAACUAUCUUUACUUUCACUCCACAGUUUAUAGACCAGCAGCAGUUCUACUUGGCUCUGGACAACCAGAUGAUAGUCGAAAUGCUCCGGACAGAUCUCUCCUACCUCUGCAGCCGGUGGAGGAUGACAGGCCAGCCCACCAUCACUUUCCCCAUCUCACACACCAUGCUGGAUGAAGAUGGAGCCAGCUUGAAUUCAAGUAUCCUGGCAGCACUCCGGAAAAUGCAGGAUGGUUAUUUUGGUGGGGCCAGGAUCCAAACAGGUAAGCUGUCAGAGUUUUUGACAACAUCUUGCUGCACACACUUAAGCUUCAUGGACCCUGGACCCGAGGGUAAGCUGUACAGCGAAGAUUAUGAUGAAGACUAUGAUGAUGAGCUGGACUCUGGCAACUGGAUGGAUAGCUAUGACUCAACACGUAAUGCUCGCUGUGGUGAUGAAGUUGCCCGUUAUUUAGACCACCUUUUGGCACACACUGGUCCCCAUCCUAAACUAACUCCCACCUCACGGAAGGGAGGGCUAGAUCGGUUCCGAGCUGCUGUGCAAACAACUUGCGACUUAAUGUCCUUGGUGGCCAAGGCCAAGGAGCUGCAUAUACAGAAUGUUCACAUGUAUCUUCCUACAAAGUUAUUUCAGCCUUCUCGCCCUUCACUCAACUUACUUGACUCACCUGAAUCUCCACAAGAUAGCCAGGUUCCUUCUGUUCGUGUAGAAGUCCAUCUUCCUAGGGACCAGUCUGGGGAAGUGGACUUCCAGUCAUUGGUUUCACAGUUGAAGGAGACCUCAAGCUUACAGGAGCAAGCUGAUAUACUCUACAUGCUAUAUACAAUGAAAGGACCUGACUGGAACACUGAAUUGUACGAAGAAGGAGGCAGUACUGUGAGAGAGCUUCUUAGUGAACUAUAUGUCAAAGUCGGUGAAAUUCGGCACUGGGGUCUGAUCCGAUACAUCUCUGGGAUCUUACGGAAGAAGGUGGAGGCACUUGAUGAGGCCUGCACAGACCUUCUGUCCUACCAGAAACACCUGACAGUAGGGCUUCCUCCAGAACCUCGAGAGAAGACCAUCUCUGCGCCUCUACCGUACGAGGCACUCACUAAGCUGAUAGAUGAAGCCAGCGAAGGAGACAUGAACAUCUCCACCCUGACACAGGAAAUAAUGGUCUAUCUUGCCAUGUAUAUGAGAACUCAGCCUGGCCUUUUUGCAGAAAUGUUCCGACUUCGAAUUGGUUUGAUCAUACAAGUUAUGGCAACAGAACUGGCCCACUCUCUGCGAUGUUCAGCUGAAGAAGCCACAGAGGGCCUGAUGAAUCUCAGUCCUUCAGCCAUGAAGAAUCUCCUGCAUCACAUCCUCAGCGGCAAAGAGUUUGGAGUGGAACGAAGCGUUCGUCCCACUGAUUCAAAUGUGAGUCCUGCUAUUUCCAUCCAUGAGAUCGGUGCUGUCGGAGCAACAAAAACAGAACGAACUGGAAUCAUGCAGUUAAAAAGUGAGAUCAAGCAGACUAGUGGUGGUCAUCCCUCAAGUAUAGAUUUGAUGUCACCGACCUUUCUGUCCCCUGCAGCCUGUAUUUCUGCGAGCAGUGGGUCCUUUCCUACUGUAUGUGAGCCACAGACAUCUAAAGAUAGUCGUCAAGGCCAAUGGCAACGCAGGAGAAGACUAGAUGGAGCACUAAAUAGAGUACCAAUUGGAUUUUAUCAAAAAGUGUGGAAAAUUUUGCAGAAAUGUCACGGGCUUUCUGUGGAAGGUUUUGUUCUUCCCUCUUCAAGCACUAGGGAGAUGACCCCAGGCGAGAUUAAAUUCUCUGUCCACGUGGAGUCCGUCCUGAACCGUGUGCCUCAGCCAGAGUACCGUCAGCUUCUGGUUGAAGCCAUCCUCGUUCUCACCAUGCUGGCAGAUAUUGAAAUCCAUAGCAUUGGGAGCAUCAUUGCUGUGGAAAAAAUAGUUCAUAUUGCCAAUGACUUGUUCCUUCAGGAACAGAAAACCCUCGGCGCAGAUGAUAUCAUGUUGGCAAAGGAUCCUGCAUCUGGCAUCUGUACUCUUCUGUAUGACAGUGCACCCAGUGGCAGAUUUGGCACCAUGACCUACCUCUCCAAGGCAGCUGCCACCUACGUGCAGGAGUUUCUGCCACACAGCCUCUGUGCCAUGCAGUGAUGGCUGUGGGUUCUGGCUGCUAGAAUACUUCAGUAUCUAGCCUGUCUGGUUGAUUGUGCAUGGAACUGACAUGUUAACACCUGAUCACUCCCCCAUGCCCCUUUCCUGCCCCAUCCCUCCCAAGAAGAGACAACUUUGCUGAUAAUCUCACUACUUUUGAAGAAAAGAACCCUUACCCGGUGACUCACCUCCAGAGUGAAAGUUCAACCGGGCCUGCAGUCACUAUCCCUACUCUUAUGGUUCAUAAAAGUCUGCAUGUGUUUUUAUUCUGUAGAGCUGUUACCAGCUUAGUUUUUAAACUCCUUUUGGGGAGCAGGUAUUCAUAACUUAUUCCUGUAAGUUGGUUUUCUUCUUUGUUGGUUUUUACGUGUGCAUAUGAGUGGUGGGUAUUGACUGGGCCAUCAUUUCAAGAGAGUCGAUGCUAAGUUGGAUUUUAUGCUGCUGUCAAUUGGAACUGUCUACUCUAAGUGCCUUUACUUAGGAAAAGCCAGAUCUUGACUUCCUUCUUCACUCAAAGGUUGCUUCACUCUGAGUGGUGAAAUGGUGGUUUUGUUGUAGAAAUACUGCCUUUCAUUGUUCUCUCUGUAUCGGCCUACCGUCUCUGUGGCGAAAUAUUAAAAAAAUGUAAGCUCACAUGGAAGUUUAAGGAUGUCUGUGUUAAUACUCGGAAUAACCCAGAGAAAUGGAGCCCGGAGUGUAAUUCCAGAAGAAAGGAAAGGAGAGAAGUUGUAUAUGUGGCGCUUUACACAUAGGGAGCCAAGAGACUGUCAGAGGUAGGUAGGUUGUUUGUGGACAGCCUUGAACACCCAAAUCCUUACCUCUGGAGUGUAGCCACACACAACACAGAGAGUAACUGAAGCCUAUCUUAAGCAAAGUGAAACUCAGCAUCCAGUCUGUGGCUGCCUAACUGAACACCACUUUCCUGUCCCUUGGUUUCCCAUCUCACCAAUCAGUCCCCAGCACAUCCAGCUACCUUUCAUUCCCUCCACAUUUAUUCUUCAAUUCCUUCAUUUACAUUUGUUUUUAAUUUUUAAUUCGAGUUAAAUUAAAUUACAUCCUUUAAUCUUGAUAACUGUGGUCAAAUAUCUAUUGUUAUACAUAUCUGUAUGUGCUUGUAAGUGGUUCAAUAAUUUGUAACUGUUUUUGAUAUGUCUGUCUGUCUCUACAUAGAUGAACUGAAUAAGAAUGUAAAUAAUAUUGCAAACCAAGCCUGGUCAUACCGACAGCUAAUCCAAGCACUUGAGAGUCUGAGGCAGGAAGAUUAUGAAUUCAAAGCCAGUCAGGGAUACAUAGCAAGUUUCAGGACAGCCUGGGUAUGAGACCCUGUCUCAAAAACAUUUGAAAGCUUGUUGUGCAUGUGUGAGCGAGUGGUGUGCUGGUCUCAGGCUGACACUCGAAGGGUAGUAGAAAUAUACCUUCUGUCCUAUUUUCUGCUUCGCUGAAUAGGUAGCCUGGCUUAACAGAAGUUUCUCCUGAUUUUCCUUGUUUCUAGCCAGAGGAUUUCCUUCUCAACUCCCCUUUCCCUCAAAAUUUUAAGGGUUUUCUCCCAGAACAGUAACAGGUAUAAUGGGGCAGUGAGCUCAAAACAGUCAGAGCGAGGUGGAGUCUUCUGAGCACCCCGGCUAAAUGCAGUGUGCUAGCAGACAAGCGGUAGAAGCAAAGGGCUGCCAGCCACCUCGACCCUCUCCCAAACCAUGGAAACACAGUGAAGAGCUUUCUGAGUCCUGGCUUUCUGGUCACUUCUGAGGAGAGCACACAACCUGUUUCUGCACCUGUUUGUCUUUUAUAGGCCAUGAAGAGAAAGCCAGCCAAGCACUGUGGGUGGGAGCUCCACUCCUUCCUGACCCUGUUUUUGAAUUGACACUGAUGCCUACAUUUCUCUGGAGUCACUGAUUUACCUGUGGAUAUAAUGCUCAGACAGUGGUAUUUAAUUUUAGAAAAUAAUACUGCCAUUUUGUUCAUUUGAGAGUGUUAACACGAAGAAAAAACAUGUUGGGACUUUUAAAAAAAACAUGUCUUGAAAUUAGAAUAAAGACUAAGAAUUGACUGUGUCUAGUGUUACUGCACAAAAGCUUAUCCGGUUUGUGACUGAAGCUUAUUCAUGAUUAUUUCACAUAAUAUUUUGGUAUACAGUAUAUGCAAAGCUCAUUAACUGGAUCAAUAAAACUAACAUUUAUA